AGAGAGAGUGUAAUGUAUGUGUGAGUGUGUGUCUGUGUGUGUGAACAAGGAGGGUUCUCUCUUUCUCUCAGUGCUCAGUUAAUCCGUGUGUCAGUUGAUGUUAAGGCAGCAUUUUAAGUGCUAGAUGGAGAAGGAAACAGACUCAAAUACCAGAACACAGAGGAGAGCAGAGGGAAGAUAAAAAAAGAGGAGAGGAAAAAAAAAGAACAAGCAGAAUCCAGCAGCUCCUGCAAACAAAACAAAAGGAUAAUAUACUUUCCCAUCCCCCUGCACACCCACCUUCAAGAAAAAGAAAAUCAGGCCAAGGCAUAGACCAGAAGACUUCAGGGAUCCCCAAAAAUCUUUGUUGGGAAGUAGGGCUAUCUUUUCUUCGCCAAUGCAAAAGGAAAUAUGCCGCACAUUUUUGCCUUUUUCUGCACCAGCUUUCUAGGGGCAGUGCUUGGGGUCAAUUUCCCCAACCAUAUCCAGAUAGGGGGUCUAUUCCCAAACCAGCAAUCGCAGGAACAUGCUGCCUUUCGUUUUGCUUUGUCCCAGUUGCUGGAACCCCCAAAGCUGCUGCCCCAAAUUGAUAUUGUGAACAUCAGUGAUAGUUUUGAAAUGACCUACACCUUUUGUUCUCAGUUUUCCAAAGGAGUUUACUCUAUUUUCGGAUUCUAUGAUAGGAAGACGGUCAACAUGUUGACUUCAUUCUGUGGUGCUCUACACGUCUGCUUUAUUACUCCCAGCUUUCCAGUAGCCACUUCCAAUCAGUUUGUCCUGCAAUUAAGGCCGGAGCUCCAAGAUGCUCUAAUCAGUGUCAUUGAGUACUAUAAAUGGAAAAAAUUUGUUUAUAUUUAUGAUGCAGACCGAGGAUUAUCUGUACUGCAGAAGGUGCUGGAUACAGCGGCUGAAAAAAACUGGCAGGUCACAGCUGUGAACAUUCUCACCACCACAGAGGAGGGAUAUCGAUUGCUCUUCCAGGAUCUAGACAAAAGCAAAGACAGGCAGGUGGUGAUAGACUGCGAGUCGGAGCGUCUGAAUGCCAUACUAACCCAGGUAAUAGUCAAGCUGGAAAAAAACAUUAUUGGAUAUCAUUAUAUUCUUGCAAACUUGGGUUUCAGGGAUAUUGAUCUGGAGAAGUUCAGAGAAGCAGGCGCAAAUGUGACCGGAUUUCAGCUGGUGAAUUAUACAGAUCCCAUGGUAUCUCAGAUCAUGCAGCAAUGGCAAACCUAUGAUGGGCGAGAGCAACCUCGGGUAGACUGGAAGAAACCAAAGUACACAUCAGCCCUGACUUAUGAUGGAGUACGAGUCAUGGCAGAGGCCUUCCAGAACUUGAGAAAGCAACGGAUAGACAUCUCUCGGCGUGGGAAUGCCGGAGACUGCUUAGCGAACCCUGCAGUUCCCUGGGGGCAAGGAAUUGACAUUCAGAGAGCUCUACAACAGGUUCGACUGGAGGGGCUUUCAGGAAACGUCCAGUUCAACGAGAAAGGCAGACGGACUAACUAUACAUUACAUAUAAUGGAGCUUAAACACGAUGGGAUCCACCCGAUUGCACAUUGGAAUGAAGAUGAUAAACUUAUACCUUUAGCCACAGAAGCACAAUCAGGAAAUGAUACCAUAGGAGUUCAAAACCGGACAUACAUUGUCACUACCAUAUUGGAGUCGCCAUAUGUUAUGCUAAAAAAAAAUCAUGACCAACUGGAUGGGAAUAACAGAUAUGAAGGUUAUUGCGUAGAGCUGGCCUCAGAGAUAGCCAAACAUGUGGGAAUCAGCUACAAGCUAGAGAUAGUGAGGGAUGGAAAGUAUGGAGCCCGUGAUUCCGAUAUGAAAGCCUGGAAUGGAAUGGUUGGAGAACUGGUGUACGGGAGAGCUGACUUGGCAAUUGCGCCAUUGACGAUAACAUUGGUCCGUGAAGAGGUGAUAGACUUCUCCAAACCAUUUAUGAGCCUGGGAAUUUCUAUCAUGAUCAAGAAACCUCAGAAAUCCAAACCAGGAGUCUUCUCCUUUCUAGACCCUCUAGCUUAUGAGAUUUGGAUGUGCAUUGUCUUUGCCUACAUCGGAGUCAGUGUGGUCCUCUUUCUUGUCAGUCGAUUCAGCCCAUAUGAAUGGCACAAUGAAGAAUAUGAAGAUGGAAAAGAACAGCCCACCAAUGAACAGACUAAUGAAUUUGGCAUUUUUAACAGUCUUUGGUUCUCUUUGGGGGCAUUUAUGCAGCAAGGAUGUGAUAUUUCCCCAAGGUCUCUCUCGGGUCGUAUAGUUGGUGGAGUCUGGUGGUUCUUCACAUUGAUAAUUAUUUCAUCCUACACUGCAAACUUAGCUGCCUUCCUGACUGUCGAGAGAAUGGUAUCACCUAUUGAGAGUGCCGACGACCUGGCCAAACAAACUGAGAUAGCGUAUGGGACUCUAGACUCAGGAUCCACAAAAGAAUUUUUUAAGCGGUCUAAAAUUGCUGUCUUUGAAAAGAUGUGGACUUACAUGCGCUCAGCAGAACCUUCUGUUUUCGUAAAGACUACUGAGGAUGGAAUGAACAGAGUGAGAAAAUCAAAGGGAAAAUAUGCCUAUCUUUUGGAGUCUACAAUGAAUGAAUACAUUGAACAAAGAAAACCAUGUGAUACUAUGAAGGUGGGAGGUAAUUUGGAUUCCAAGGGCUAUGGCAUUGCAACCCCCAAGGGGUCCCCACUGAGAGGUGCUGUAAACCUAGCGGUAUUGAAACUCAGUGAGCAAGGCGUCUUAGACAAGCUGAAAAGCAAAUGGUGGUACGAUAAAGGGGAAUGUGGAAGCAAAGACUCCGGAAGUAAGGAUAAGACAAGUGCCCUGAGUCUCAGUAAUGUGGCAGGGGUGUUCUACAUCCUGAUUGGUGGUUUGGGAUUAGCCAUGCUUGUUGCGCUUAUCGAGUUUUGUUACAAGUCCAGGAGUGAAUCCAAAAAGAUGAAGGGUUUCUGCUUAAUUCCACAGCAAACGGUUACAGAAACGGUCCGGAUGGCAACUCUACCUAGACCUUCCACGGCAGGAGGCAGUGGUGAGAAUGGCAGAGUGGUCAGCCACGACUUCCCCAAAUCGAUGCAGACGAUUCCAUGUAUGAGCCACAGUGCAGGGAUGGCCCUGGGAGCAACUGGAUUAUAAUAGGGGAUUUCAAACUGCCUGGUGAAGCAACGACCCUCCCAUUUACAGUGCCAAAAACACAAAGGACAAAUCCUAUGGACUCUUUGCAGCCACUCAAAGAUCUAUUUUUUGUUCAUUUUUUUUUUGUCCUUUCGCCUCCAGUGGCAAAAUGAUACACCAGUAACUGCAAUAAUGAGCUGUUUUGGGAAGAAAGGAGAUUCUACCCUGUGGGCCAGGCAACUGAAUGUCAACAAUAGACUCUGAUCCCACAAUUACUCAGCUCAUCAACUCUUAGUAUAUUCAAUUGCUUUAGGGGAAUAUUUUUUCCAAUUUAUUUUGAAGCUUUUCCUUUUUCACUUUUUUCCCCUUUUUUAUUUUUUUUUAAAUACCAUUAACAUAACAUAUAUAGGCUUAAACACUCCUGGAAAGCUGUACAAACGUUAAUGAAAUGUUCCUUUCUGUAUUUAAAGAGAAGAUUGCAUCAUGCAGGCACAUGUUACCUUUUCUCUUUAGGAAAAAAAUAAAGCAAAAAAUUCAAAAAAGUUAGUGAUUAUUAAAAAUGCAUAACAUGUCCAGUAAAAGAUGGAUUAGCGAACAAACAAGUUAUAUACUACAUGCAUAUCUAAAAACACCAGAAAACAAAGAAAGGCAGAUCUUUCACAAAAAAAAUAUAUUGUUGAAUUAAUACAAAGAGCAAAGAGUAAGAAAAAGACUAAGAACGCCAUCAAAAAGUUCAGAGAGCAAAGAGAAAAAAGCAUAGACACUAACUGGAAUAUAGGUGCAAGCCAUGAGCGGUACUAUUUUGAGUUCCGGUCUUCUGUAUACCAACGCACAAAAUAGAGAACUCCAAAUAACUACUGGCAUAAAAUAUCUGUCUGCAACUUUGGGCGUUUCAAUAACAUGUUCACUGUAACUGAUGGAAAGUGGAUUUACAGAAAGCGCCUUUGUUUGCUGACCCUCGGAAUACAUAUCAUUUGGCAAAUAAAACAUGUUAGCCAAAAUUAAACAUCUGGAUAUCUUCAGGAGUCAGUGGAGCUGAACUUGCAAAGUCUUUAUCAAGUGAACAUAUGAAAAUAUGUAUGGAGAUGGCUAUUGAUGAGUGUCAAAGAUAACAGAAAAGUAUUAUUGGCCCAAAAUUGUGGCAAAAUCAACCAUAGGAGAAUGGGCAUGUAAAAAAAAUGAUUGAACCUGUAUUGAACUCUGCCGUUUUGUCACUUUAUGAUAUUAUACAGAAAACUUGGAUCAGCUUCCAAUGCCAUAAUUUGUUCACUUUCUAACCUGUUAAUUUUAUUCUUUUUUUUCUAGUUUAAAUUUUUUUUAAGCUCCUGUGUUUGAAAAAUGACCGUAUGAAAUGUUAGUAUUUUGCCAAUAUUUUGUUUUUUAAUAAUCUUAUUAGUUAACGUUAAAAUAUAUGAGGACUGAAAGAAAUUGAUGUUCGAAUCAAGGUGGAACAGGAAUCUUUCGAUUUUGUUUGGAAUUUUAAGGAGCUUUGCAGCCAUCAGAAUUAAGGUGCCAUAGCAACUGACUUUUCUUGUAAGCCGAACAUAAACAUUUGAUGUGUGUUUAUUGCAGCAAGCAUUCUGCCUUAUGCAGAGGGACUGACUUUGCUCAGUUUGAUACAAGAUGAGACGCAAAGCGCCUACACUGGGUGAAGCACAGGGCACAACAAAUCAGCAUUGGAGAUGUUGAGUGUUCACAUGUAAUUUGUAUUUUUAUUACACUUUCUUAAAAACAGAUGUUAAGGGCCAGGCUCAGUUUUUUAUGCUGAGCAUUGACCCCACAUUCAACUCGUUUAAGACUUUCAUUAUGUUUUUCCUCUUUGAUACCUAGGUAUUUUCUCCACAAGGCUGUAUUUGUUUAAACUCUGAUGUCAUAAGUGCUAAGCAACAUUCCAUUUGUUCAAACAGAAGCAACUUUUAGUUUGUUUUAUAGUUGUGUUGGAGAGGCAACAACUCUCUAUGGCACCUUUCUGCUUCUUGCCUAUCUUUGUUUUUCUUUUUUUCUUUGAAUUAAUAUAAAAUGAACGUGUUCUCUUUUAUUCUUGAGGCACAA